UGAACUAAACACAUUUUAAAUAAACAAGGAAAGCCGUGUUUGUAAAACACUGUUUAGACUUUAGGCACCGUCUCCUCACCUCACCUUCUUCGCAUCAUCCUUAUAAUUUUUUUUUUACAACCAAUUUAUCUCAAUUUCAAACACUCCAAUUCAAUUCACCCCCCUUCUAUAAAGCACACCAAUUUCUCAUGAUUUCAUAUUCAAUUUUGUCAAUUUAAUUUCAAUUGGUUGCCCCAAAAAGAUGACUUCUUUGGUGGGUUCAUCUGUUUUUCCUCUAAAUCAGCGGAAUGUGUGUUACCCCUUAUCUGGGUAUUGUAAAUCUGGUAAAAAGAUUGAAACUUUUUCAAUCUUUGAGAGGAGACCUGUGUGUUGUAGUAGUAGUAGUAGUAUUGCUCCACAGAAUUUAAAGACUGCUGGUGAAUUUUGCCCAUCUAGAUUGAGAGAUACAUCUUUGAGUUUGUUUACAGAAGAUUCAGAUGAGACAGAUGUACUUCUUGAGUGCAAAGAUGUUUACAAGUCAUUCGGCGAGAAACACAUCUUAAGAGGUGUAAAUUUUAGGAUCAAGCAUGGUGAAGCAGUUGGAAUCAUUGGACCUUCGGGCACCGGAAAAUCUACCAUAUUAAAGAUCUUUGCAGGGCUCCUUGCUCCAGAUAAGGGGGAAGUUUACAUUCGAGGACGAAGACGACACGGGUUGAUAAGUGACGAUGAUAUGUCCGGUCUUCGAAUUGGCCUGGUAUUUCAAAGUGCAGCACUUUUUGACUCUUUAACGGUUCGCGAAAACGUUGGUUUCCUUUUGUAUGAGCAUUCAAAAAUGCCCGAUGAUGAAAUUAAAGAACUUGUUACAGAUACAUUGGCUGCCGUUGGAUUAAAGGACGUUGAGGACCGGAUGCCAUCUGAGUUGUCUGGAGGGAUGAAAAAAAGAGUCGCUUUAGCACGAUCUAUAAUAUAUGAUACAACAAGUAAUACAAUAGAACCCGAGGUGCUUUUGUAUGACGAACCUACGGCAGGGCUUGAUCCAAUAGCAUCUACUGUUGUUGAAGAUCUGAUCCGGUCCGUUCAUUGCAAAGGUGAAGAUGCAGUCGGGAAGCCUGGAAAGAUUGCAUCUUAUGUGGUUGUAACUCACCAGCACAGUACCAUCAGACGAGCUGUUGACAGGUUGGUGUUUCUUCAUGAGGGAAAGGUUGUAUGGGAAGGAAUGACUCAUGAAUUCACUUCUUCUACAAAUCCAAUAGUUCAGCAGUUUGCCUCUGGGAACUUGGAUGGGCCGAUUAGGUACUAAGUCGGAAUGCAAAGAUUAUGGUAGUUAUAGGUACUUUCACUUGAUCUCAAGGAUCCCUACACGGGUCAGGAAUUGGAACCGAGUAGAUAUCCAUUUGACCCGAAAUGGAGCUCAUUAUUCUUAUUAUAUAUUUGAAAUGCAAACACCACUUCUCAAUUCUGUUUGGGAUGUAGUAACAAUACAAGGAAUGACUUUAGCUUUACAAGAUUGUCAAUAUCAAUACUCAAGUUAUGCAUUCAAUAGUUCAGUAGUAUCAAACAAUCUAA